AUGCUCGUCGCACAAGGGUGGGCGAUCGCUCCCUGCCGUCGCAGCCAUGGUCGUCGCGAGCGCCCGUCCGACAUCAUGCUGCGCUCCGCGCCAUCGCCUAGAAACCAAUCCUUAGUCGCGCGCUCGCGGUCCAACUUGUCGCACGGCGUCGCGACGUUGAGCCGGUCGCAGCGAUCCAGCUUGCGAGCAGCCAGCGUCGUCGUCGCGCUCCUCGCGCUGCUCGCGCUCGCCUUGCCCUCUCCCUGCGCCGCGCGGCGACCGCUCGGCUUUAAAGUGCAUCUACCGCCGAUUGGCGUAGAGAAGAAAGGGGGUGGAAACAAGGGUGGAGGGAACAAGGGCGUUGGGAACAAAGGAGGGGGGAACAACGGCGGGGGGAACAACGGCGGGGGGAACAACGGCGGGGGAAACAACGGCGGGGGAAACAACGGAGGGGGGAACAACGGGGGCGGAGGCAAGGGUGGGGGGGACAACAGGGGGAAUAAAGGCGGCCCUGUGAAGGGCAUCGGGCUUCAACCCUUAUCGUGUUACUUCGCCACCAAGGCGUGCGACUUCGUGUUCAACCGGUCGGCGUCGCUGGCGCCCAUCCUGCCGCUCGUCGCCAUGCGCCCCGACCAGCCCAUCUCCGCCGCCAUCCUCCACAAGGCGGGCAGUCGCCCCGUGGUGUCCGCGUCUCUGCAGACCUGCCGCGCCCUCAACACCCUUGCUCUGCGCCUGCCGUCGUGUCCGGCCUUCUCCUUGGUCUCCCCAUCUGCUUCCAGCAAUGGCGUGCGCAUCGCCGGCAAGGCCCUCUCGCUGCUGCAGCUCGCUCAAUACAGUGGGGCGUGCUUCACACUCGAGUUUGCCCAGAUGAUGGUCAAGCUGGGCAGUGGCCCACGUGGCAUGACGCGAUUGGUCCGUGGCGAUGGCAAUGCGGAGUUCCCUGAGGUCAGUGCCCUAUGCUGCCCAUUUUAUCGCCCCUUCAUUGCCCCCUCCGCUUCCCCCUCCAUUGCCCCGCACGCUGCCUCCUCCGCCCCUACCCAUUGCUCCCCUCGUGACCCAUGCUGUCAAAACCUGGAGCAUCGUGCUUUCUUAAUCGCCGCUGUAUUGUCUUCCGCGCUCUCUGAAGCCGACUGA